AAGGAAAGCGGGGAAGAUCACAUCAGCCCGUGCUUAUCUCCAACAUCCCACUUUGAAGUCUACCCCGUAAUACAACGCCAUUCCUCAACACGCAUCAAGAAAUCUGUGAGAGUUUUGUGAGAGGGCUUCAUCCUUUAUCGGAAACUAUCUCAUCCAAUUGAGGUAACACCUUAACCUUCAUAGAUCUCAUCCAUCUUCAUGACUCCUGGCCUGACGUGAUCUCCGCAUCUCCCCCACUCUAGUACUCCCAGCACCCCGAAUCCUUGAACGCGCCGAUCCUUCAAAAUGCCUUUGGUAGCACAGAAUACCACGCCGAGGGUGAUCCUUGGUCUUAUGACAUUCGGACCCGACGAGUCGAAGGGGGCCCGGAUCACGUCUCUGGACGAAUACAACAAGUGCCUGGAUUACUUCCAGCAGCAGGGAUUCAACGAGGUCGACACCGCAAGGAUCUAUGUGGACGGACUCCAGGAAGCUUUUACUGCCCAGGCGAAUUGGAAGGAGCGUGGUCUAACGUUGGCCACCAAGUGGUACCCCAGAAACCACGGGGAUCACAAGCCCAAUGUUCUACGAGAAAAUCUAGAGCGCUCUCUGAAAGAGUUGGGCACCAACCAGGUCGACAUCUUCUAUCUGCAUGCUCCGGAUCGGUCUGUCCCUUUUGCAGAGACCUUGGAAGCCGUCAAUGAGCUGCAUAAGGAGGGCAAGUUUGUGCAAUUGGGUCUUAGCAACUACACGGCGUUUGAGGUUGCGGAGAUCGCCACUCUUUGCAGCGAGAGGGGAUGGGUGCGCCCAACUAUUUAUCAGGCCAUGUACAAUGCCAUUACUCGGUCCAUCGAGACUGAGCUGGUCCAUGCCUGCAGGCGGUACGGCAUCGACAUCGUGAUUUACAACCCACUCGCCGGCGGGAUCUUCUCUGGCAAGUACAAGACCAAUGAAAUCCCCGAAGAGGGCCGGUAUGGCGCCAAGUCUGUCAUUGGGGAGCUGUACCGUAAGCGUUAUUUCCAGGACGCAACGUUUGACGCCCUGCGCGUCAUCGCACCCGUUGUCGAAAAGCACGGGUUGACAUUGCUGGAGACUGCCUUUCGUUGGCUUCACCACCACUCGGCGCUCAACAUGACAGGGAAUGGCCGGGACGGAAUUGUUAUUGGCGUGAGUAAUUUUGCGCAGUUAGAGGCCAACCUGAAGGACAUUCAGAAAGGCCCGCUCCCGGAAGAGGUUGUCGAGGCUUUGGACCAGGCUUGGUUGAUCACAAAAGCCACCACUCCCAAUUAUUGGCAUCUUGACCUGAAGUACACUUAUGAUACCAAGGCAUUGUUCCACGGCAAGUCGAGCGCUUAAGGUUGUGACGCAAUUAUGUCAAGUAAACGAAUGACCUUGAAGAAUACAUAUUUAUCAUUGAAAUACAAGCUCAGAAAGAAGAAACUUAUGAAACUUUGCC